AUGGCAGCUCACGUGUUCCCGGUGUGCGAGCGCAGCUUGAAGAUGGUGCGUUUCAGCGAGACCGUUAUGGAGAUUUUACUGCAGAAGGCUGAGAAUGGGACGAACCCGCGGUACGAGAACCCACGUGGGAUUACACUGUUACUGCUGCUGUGUCUGGUUCUGCUGCUCGCCGUGUGGAACUGCAACGACAAAAGGAGCUGCGUUCCAGGUCCCUCGUUUCAUCUGGGUUUGGGUCCCCUGAUGUCCUACUGCCGGUUUAUUUGGAUGGGAAUUGGAGCAGCGAGUAAUUACUAUAAUGAGAAGUAUGGAGACGUGGUGCGAGUGUGGAUCAGUGGAGAAGAGACACUCGUCCUCAGCAGGCCGUCUGCAGUGUAUCACGUGUUAAAACACUCUCAGUACACGUCGAGGUUUGGCAGUAAAUUGGGGCUGCAGUGUCUCGGGAUGAACGAACAGGGAAUCAUCUUCAACUCCAACAUCACGCUGUGGAAGAAAGUGAGACUGUUCUUCGCUAAAGCACUUACUGGUCCAGGGCUGCAGAGGACGUUAGAAAUCUGCACCAUGUCUACAAACUCACACCUGGACAAUUUGUCUCAGCUGACAGAUGCUCAGGGACACGUGAACGUUCUCAACCUCCUUCGCUGCAUCGUAGUGGACAUUUCCAACCGUCUGUUCCUGGAUGUUCCUCUAAAUGAACAGAACCUGCUUUCCAAGAUCCACAGGUACUUUGACACGUGGCAGACAGUAUUAAUCAAACCCGACUUUUAUUUCAGACUGAAGUGGCUGCACAACAAACACAGAAACGCAGUUCAGGAGCUUCACGAUGCUAUUGAAGCUCUGAUAGAACAGAAACGAACUGAACUGCAGCAGGCUGAAAAACUUGACCACCUGAACUUCACUGAGGAACUGAUAUUCUCCCAGAAUCAUGGUGAGUUGACAGCGGAGAACGUGAGGCAGUGUGUGUUGGAGAUGGUGAUCGCGGCUCCAGACACGUUGUCCAUCAGUGUGUUCUUCAUGCUGCUGCUAUUGAAACAGAACGCAGAGGUGGAGAGACGCAUCCUCACUGAGAUACACACUGUGCUGGGUGAAGCGGAGCUGCAGCACUCUCAUCUCUCUCAGCUUCAUGUUCUGGAGUGUUUCAUUAACGAAGCUUUGCGCUUUCACCCUGUGGUGGACUUCAGCAUGCGUCGGGCGCUGGAUGAUGAUGUCAUCGAGGGUUACAGGGUGCCGAGGGGGACAAACAUCAUCCUGAACGUGGGGCGAAUGCACAGGUCCGAGUUUUUCCCCAAACCCACAGAGUUCAGCCUGGACAACUUCAGCAAACCUGUCCCCAGUCGUUUUUUCCAGCCUUUUGGUUCCGGUCCUCGUUCCUGUGUUGGUAAACACAUAGCUAUGGUGAUGAUGAAGGCCGUGUUGGUGAUGAUUUUGUCUCGUUUCUCCGUGUGUCCUGAGGAAAGCUGCACUGUGGAGAACAUCGCACACACCAACGAUCUCUCACAGCAACCUGUGGAGGACAAACACACACUGAGCGUACGCUUCAUCCCCCGCAACACACACACCACAAAAAGCAACCACAUGUAACUCCUCUGUCCUGAAGAUGACGAGAACUUACUGGACCAGUUGCAGCUUUACCUCUGACACAGUGCUGACACUGGACAUGUCACACACACCACACACACACACAAACACACACAUAAACUUUACCACAACAAUGAAUUUUAAUCUGUUUAUAUUGAGCAGAUAGUAAACAUGGAUCACACAAACAGUGAUGAGGUUAAAGAUGAAAAUUAAGAAGAUUCUGAAAUUAAGAUGAGUCUGAAAUAAUUUUUUAUACUUUAUUUACUUUACUAUUUAUACAACAUUAUAUUAAUCACAUUUACACACCAAUCAGCCAUAACAUUAAACACACUGACAGCCAAAGUGAUUACUGCUGAUGAUCUCGUUACACCUCUCAGGUGUGGGUUUAUUACACAAGUAAACCCUCAGUUC